AUGAGCUUUAUGGGUCGAAUCUUCCCGUCGAAGAACAACUCAUCAGCAGAGCUCAUCUUCUUGUUCAAGAACAACUCAGUGAAAUUGAGUCACAAUGAUGUUGAGGUUGUGAUUGUGGUGUAUAGGGCUUUGGAUGAAGUCCAUGCGAGGGAGGAGAGGGCGAGGUUGAUGUCCUCGGGUGGGAUGGGGAAGAAGGGUGGGGUGAUGGCCAGGAAGUGGGCCCCGCCUCAAGCCAUGUCAGACAGACAAACUGACGGAAGUAUAACAUUGCAACAAAUUCGUAAGAUAAUGUAUGAUAUUGAAAGUUCAUAUAAAAGCCGACCCCACUUAGUGGGAAAAGGCUUUGUUGUUGUUGUUGUUGUUGUUGAAAAUUUGAACUUGUGCAGGUUCUGUAAUGAAAUUCAUGUGGGGCCUGUUGGGCAUCCAUUCAAAUCAUGUAAAGGUGCAAAUGCUAACAUUCGUAAGGGUGUUCAUGAGUGGAUACCAAAUGUGACCGUUGAUGACAUAUUCUUGCCAGUUGAAGCUUUCCACCUCUAUGAUCGACUUGGAAGACGUAUUCCUCAUGAGGAGAGAUUCUCAACUCCUAGAGUUCCAGCAAUAGUUGAGCUCUGCAUCCCGGCUGGGGUUGAUGUCCCGGAAUAUCCCACUACAAGGAGAAGAAAGCCAAUCAUCCGAAUUUUGAAGGGUGACUUUGUUGAUGCAGAUGAAAGUGAGCUACCAGAUCCUGACAGUGAAGCACCCAAGAGACCAGUUUUGACUGAAAUAUCAGAUUCGGAGGUAGUAGCCCCCACUGAUGAAGAAGAAACAACCUUGCUUACUGAGGAAACACUACGAGCAUGGGAGCAAAUGAGGAGAGGAGCCAAGAGGUUGAUGAAGAUGUAUCUGGUGAGGGUUUGCGGGUAUUGCCCUGAGGUGCAUGUUGGUCCUAGUGGGCACAAGGCUCAGAACUGUGGGGCCUUUAAACACCAACAACGAAAUGGGCAGCAUGGCUGGCAGACGGCCGUGCUCAAUGACUUGAUACCACCAAGAUAUGUGUGGCAUGUCCCAGAUGUGAAUGGAUCACCAUUGCAGUGGGAGCUCAGGAACUUCUAUGGGCAAGCCCCUGCGGUUGUCGAAAUGUGCAUUCAGGCGGGAGCUGCUGUUCCAGAGGAAUACAGACCAACCAUGAGGUUGGAUGUCGGGAUUCCCUCCACUAUUAAAGAAGCUGAAAUGGUAGUUUGAUGAGAUGAGUAGUUUGUAAGUAGAAUAUCGAAAGAAGGAAAACUUCUUGCAGAUGAUUUGUUUGUUGUACCAACUUACUUUGCUUUUUCAUCCCAAACGAACGAAAAUUUACAGUCGCUCACCCUUCUACUUUUACCCAAGGAAAUCUGACAAAAUGUAAUAAUUCACCAUCUUAACAUGUGGUUUGAACAAAAGGCUUCCAUUUAAGCUUCAAAGCUCUUAUAUACAUUAGUUGAUACCGAUUUUGAUCUCU